CAGAUUGCUGGUCGCCACGAUCGGGACGCCCGCGCGUCCGCCAUUUUGCAUUCGCGCGUAUUUUCGUUCACAAAUAAGUGUUUUAAAAAUAAUUUUUAUCUGUUCUGUGGGAUAUGAUAUUGUACGGGUGGACUUGAACUUCCAUUGCUGAAAGAAGAUAGCAAUAUAAGUCCAUUCAAUUAACAUCAUAUCAGAAAUAAAUCAAUCAUUAGAAGUGUUUCAUAUUAUCGCAAGUUGUAGAUACAUAAAAAUAUAAGUAAACGAAUAAAAUACAAACUAAAAUUUAUUAUGUCAAUUUUUAUUCGAUAUACAUCGUUUAUUUACUCCAAUAAACUAAUGUAUAAAUCGGCAAACGUAAUUUGUUGUUGGUGAAUUUUGAAAAAUUCGUUAGGUUAUUGAAAAGAGAUAGCUAUAUAUAGUGGCUGAGGGAAAGAAAGAGAUGUCGCUAGUGGCACCGCGGCGGGUCCAGCUAGACUGGGCCCACUCUAUACCAUGGGAGCAGACGGGGUGCGAAAGGGAGGCCUCCUACGGUGACGUACAGCCGCACUCCACGCAUCGAUCCAAAUCUUCCUCGUCAUCAGCUGACACAGCAUCCCAAGGAUCAGAGUCGGCAGAGCAAGCGCCGAAACCGAGGAAAAAUGAACAGCAGAGAGAGGUGCGUCGGCCGCAGCCGGCAGCGCCCCGCGUCCAGCCCAACCCACUGUUGAGGUCGCGCACGCUCCCGAACUUCGGCAACCGGUCGAAGGAGGCGUCCCGCUGCGACACGUCGCGGCGCGCGCACCACAUCACCAUGGCAACCGAGGACCUGCUGCAGCCCGGACACGUGGUCAAGGAGAGAUGGAAGGUGAUAAAGAAAAUAGGAGGCGGUGGUUUCGGCGAGAUCUACGAGGGUCUCGACCUGGUGACGCAGGAGCAGGUCGCCCUGAAGGUGGAGUCGGCGCGCCAAGCCAAGCAGGUGCUGAAGAUGGAGGUGGCCGUGCUGAAGAAGCUUCAGGGCAAGGAGCACGUGUGCCGCUUCAUCGGGUGCGGUCGGAACGCGCGCUUCAACUACGUGGUGAUGCAGCUGCAGGGCCGCAACCUCGCCGAGCUGCGGCGCGCCCAGCCGCGCGGCGCCUUCUCGCUCUCCACCACGCUCAGAUUGGGUAUUCAGAUUUUAAAAGCGAUAGAUUCAAUACAUUCGGUGGGAUUCUUGCAUCGAGAUAUUAAACCUAGCAACUUCAGCAUCGGGCGGCACCCGUCGAACUGCCGGCGCGUGUACAUGCUGGACUUCGGGCUCGCGCGCCAGUACACCACCAGCACCGGCGCCGUGCGCCCGCCGCGCGCCGCCGCCGGCUUCCGAGGCACGGUCCGCUACGCCUCAAUAAACGCCCACAAGAACAAGGAGAUGGGGCGGCACGACGACCUGUGGUCCCUCUUCUACAUGCUGGUCGAGUUCGUCAACGGCCAGCUGCCCUGGAGGAAGAUCAAGGACAAGGAGCAGGUCGGGCUGAUGAAAGAGAAGUACGACCACCGGCUGCUGCUGAAGCACCUGCCGUCGGAGCUGCGGCAGUUCCUGGAGCACGUGCAGGCGCUGGAGUACGCGGACGCGCCGGACUACGCGCUGCUCGGCGCGCUGCUCGAGCGCUGCUGCCGCCGCCGCGGCGUGCGCGACGCAGACCCCUACGACUGGGAGAAGGAGGCGCCGAGUUUGCCGGCGUCUCGCGCGCGGGUCGCGCUGCAGCCCGCGCCCGAGCUGCCCGCGCAGCCCGACGUGCCCGAAGUGCAGGCGCGGCGGCGCGCGGAGGCGGAGGCGGGCGCGGCGACGGACACGCACAGCAACGUGCUGGCCGAGCGCCGCCACGCGCAGCUCAACGGCUACCAAUCGACAACAACAGAAAAGCAAGAGAAAGAGAAAGAGCCAGAACCUAGAACUACGCCGGCGCCGUCACCUGAUCGACAUGUUAAGGAGACAAGCACAUCGGCGUUGGGCAGCAACACCGCGACGAGACCGGAGCGCCAGAGCGUGCCGCCGUGCAAGCCGAGACCUAAUGCUGGCGGUCCCACUUUGGCCCGGCUGCGCGUGGUCACAGCGCCGCCGACUUGCGUACAAGAGUUGCAAGCUUCGCCAGCUGGCGAAUCCAGCAGUCCGCGUAUAGUGGCCGAUGUGGACAGUGUACACUCCGACACACAUUUCAAGCGUGGCGCGCGGCGCGGGCGCGGCGCGGGCGCGCGCGGCGAGCAGAGCUACACGCAGUUCGCCGUCAUGGACGACGACAACGUGUCCGCGCUGCAGCAGGUGACCCGCGGCGGCGCGCUGACGCUGGUGUCGCUGUGGAAAUCGCAGUUCGACGACUCGUCCGACACUACCGACAACGAGUGGCGACACGAGCACGCGCAGUCGCCCGAGCACCGCGCCAACCGCGCGUCCGCCAUCUCCUCCAGCUCCAAGGAGCCGCGCACCCAGCUGCCGCUCACCUCGCAGCAACACACCUCGCAGCAACACACGCAACACACGCACUCGCAGCAACACACGCAACCGACGCAACAGACGCAACCGACGCAGCACACGCAGAUCAGCGUGCACGUGCCGAGCGUGAAGGAGGUGGUGAAGGAACGCGUGUCGCCGGUGCAGCAGGGCGGCGCCGACAAGGAGGCGAGGCGCGAGGCGGGCGAGCGGGGCGAGCGGGGCGGGGCGCGCGGCGCGCGGGCGGCGCGCUGCUGCGUGCGCGGCGCGGGCGCCGAGCGGUUCGCGCGCGUGCUGCCCGCGCUGCCGCGCAGCUGGUCGCUGCCGGCCAUCGGGUCGCACGUGCGCGCGCUGCAGCCGCCGCUGCUGCAGCAGGCGUCGUUCGACGACGGCAGCGGCGCGGCGCUGCGGUACCGCGUGGACGCGGCGCGCGGGGUCGCCGCCCGCCUGCCGCCGCACGAGCCCGACCCGCCGCCGCCGCCGCGCGCGCGCAGCCUGCCCGUGAGUCCGUCCCCCCAUAGACAUGCAAAUGCACUUAGAGAAGCAGUUUUAGAAGCAGACGUCGUUCUUAUAAUUAAUAAUCUAGUUCUUCUGUAUAAAAAUAUAAAGAGCGAGCGCACUUGCGCGUGCCCGCAGAGCGUGUCGCGGUCGAGCGGGUCAAGCGGGGCGAGCGGGCCGCCGUCGCCGGCGCGCGCCGCCCCCGCCGGCCCCACCGCCCCCGCCGCGCCCGCGCGCGAGACCACCGUCUCCAGCCGCCUCGAGAUCCGCGUGCGCCCCGCGCCCGGCUCCGCGGACCCGCACUCCGUGCGCAUCCAGUCGGUGGUGUGCGGCGCGGCGGGGGCGGCGGGGGCGGGUGGGGCGGCGGGCGAGGCGCGCGCGGAGGACGCCUCCGUGUACUACGACGCGACCGACCACCAGCGGGACAAGCGUUCGUCGACUCGCAGCGCGGACAAGAGCCACAGCCCCGCCCUAGAGAGGACCAGACUCGAUGCUAUACAGGACAGAAGCAGUUCAAUUCGACGAGACGGCAGCGCCGCCGGAGACGCGUCGAGCCUUAGAGAUCGCUCGUCGGGCAGCGGGUCCCGCAUCCCGGUGGCGCGGGGCGGCGGGGGCGUGCCCGGGGCCGGCGGGGGCGGGGGCGGGGGCGGCGGCGCGGGGGAGAACCGGCUCGCCAAGUGCGCCUCGUGGGCCGGCGCGCCGCACGCCAACGAUGCGACCCAUAGAGUGGACGACUUGACGCCCGCGCUGCGUCGUCGGCGCCAGAACGCGGACAAGUACGCGGCGGACCCGGCGCGGGAACUGAACCUGCGCUUCGCGCGGCCGCGGCACAGGCACUCCGCCGCCGCGCAGGCCGUCAACAACAGCCGCGCGAACAGCGCGCCGCGCGAGCCGGCCCCUUCGCGCUCGGGCUCCUCCUCCUCGCCCUCUCCACCUCCCCCGCCGCCGCCCCCGCUCGCCCCCGGCCCCGCUGGCGCCAGCGGGAACGGGAAUGGGGCGGGCGGGGCGGGGCCGGUGCCGCCCGCCCCGGGGGCAGCCCCGCCGGCGCACAACGCGGCGCGCGCGAGGCGCUUCCGCCCGCUGUCUAUCGCGCCCUAGCUCAGAUCUGACGAGCAGGUGUGACGGCAGCGAGACGACAUACGUACCUCAACGUGUCAUAUGUAACCACAUAUUGUCACUCACCCGAAUAUAUCAGAGCGAUACUUUCGUGAACGUAGCUAUUUAUAUUCUAUGUACAAAUGACGUCACGAUUCUUUUCACAAAACUUGACGUUGGGUGUCAUGUCAAAAAUGUCAUGUCAAUGCGUGUUAUGUUGAUAUAAAUGUCAUGGGUACCGUCUUGUUUGACUAUGCGAUUUUUUUCUAUGACAUAUGAUUUUUUUCUAAUAUUACUUUAAAUGUGAAAAGGUAUUUCUUAAGCGAUGUUUUAAACGUUACGUAGCGUUUACGUAUAACGAGAUAUUUUACGUAAUGCAAUGAGCUGUGAUCACUCUGCAUUCGUUAAUGAUUGAAGAAAAACAAUUUGGUUGUGAAUACAUAAAUCUAUGUUCUUUAGUUAAUGCUGGGUGACGAUGGUGCACAAAUAAUGUAAAAUGUAAUUUGAAAUUAUAUUUGAUGCGGUAUAAUGUUUUUAAUUAAUCUUAAAUUUUGAAGACCUGGAUUUAUACCUUGCUUUUGAACAUAGAACUAGGAAUUCCUAGGUUCGAUUCCUAAACUUAUUUUAUUAAAAUUGCGGUCGAAGGUUCCAUUUUUAAUGAACCAAAAAUUCAUUCAUCGUGACGUCAUUUGGCAUGAUACUCAGUAAUAUAAUUGGUAAAAUUUUUAAUUUUAAUAAUAAUUGAAUUGCUAUUGAGAGGCUUUUGUUUCGGGAAUUCUAAAAUUUUUGAAAUAAUUAAUUUUCUAUUAAUAAUGUCUAGAGUUUACGCAAUUUUAAUUUUUUUGAGUAACGUAUGAACGGAUGCAGCUUCAUAAAUUAAGAAUUUAUAGUUAUUUGAAAUAAUUGUUAUUUUAAUAAAGAAAAAAAAAAGUUAUUUCUUUGGGCAUAACAUAAGAUUAUAAUUGUCUUUCUUAUAGCGUUUCAAUGUUUUAUAAUAAAGUCCUAGAACCUUGCUCUUAAGGCUACAAAAUUCUUAAGAGUUACAAGGAUCUACAAAAGUGACAUAUAAAAAUAAUGAAAAGUUUCAAUACGUAAGCUAUUACCUCGAUUUGAUUUUACAGUUGGUUAAAAUUCUCAACUUUUAAGAUGCUAUCAAUACAUGUUUCUAAUAUUGUUUUUAUUAAAUAACUAUUAUAUUUCUGGUGUAAUAUUUCUGAGGUUACACGAUAAGUCAAACUGCGCGGUGGGACGCAAAACUUUGUGCAAACUACAUGACAAAUUUGAUUCGUUUAUUCUACAGAUUUUGUCGUCUUAGUGAACAUAGCAUUUAUGAGUGUUGUUAAAUUCAAUAUAGUUAAUUGGAUGGUUUACCCGUUGUGUGUCAUCCAUGUACCUACCCAUGUCACUUGACUAUAUUUUACAUUAUCUCAGACCCUAUGACAUGUUGUCGUGUAAUUUUAAAACCUAGAUCUCUUAGAUAGGACAUUCGCCUUCGCAAUCGUUAGGUAAGAACUGUUGAUCGGUUUUUGAGCUUCGUUUAAUAAUAAAUAAAAAUUUAUAAAAUGUAAAAAAUAUUACGAUUUCUCGAGAUAUGCAUUGGCGAGUUUUUGAGCGGAUAACUAUUUUGCGCAGACUGUGCAGCGCUCGUUCAAUUCCAUGUGCUAAAAAUAUAAAUUAUGAUCCCAAUAAACUAUUUUUAAUACCCUAACUUACAAUGUUACACAUACUAUACUACAUAAGAAAAAAGAAUAAAAAUACAGCGUUAUGUCUGCGCACCUUCAUUUAACUUUACAAUUACUACGCUACAUUAUAAGUAGAAUAAACAAUUCCUCUGCAUCACAAGAGCUCGCUGAUACAUCGAUCCGAGAAUGUUAAGCUUACCUUCUGAAAUCAUACUUAUUUAUAGUAUAGGACAAUUAUGAAAACAAAAUAUAUCUUUACUAUUACAUUAUUUUACACAUUUGCGGCGUUUGAUUUAAGUUACUUUAGAUUUAAAUUUUUAAAAUGAAUAAAAAUUAUCUUUUGUGGUCGUAUUUCAAUUGCUCGCGGUAGAUAAAACUAAUUUUACGCUUACUUACGCCAUCAAAAAAUUAGUUUUUUGUUAUUUAUAUUUAUUAUAUUGAAGACUUAAACGCUCACUAUUUUAGUUUGGUUUUAAUAUAUUUAUAAUUUAUUAUUCUAAGGCUGGAAUUAAGCGAAAGGAACAUACAAAUAUAAAAAGGAGACAAAAAAUAUAUUAAUUACGUCGAAAAUUUUAUUGAUUGUAAAAUAAUUGUAAUACGUCAUAGAAUUUGUAUACAUUGCUGAUACCAAAGUGGUGCGAUAGAUUGCCUUAGACUGUUUUCCAAGCUUUUCGCUUUACCUAACGCUGAUAUUUUUCUUAACUUCCAUCGAAUUUUUAACCUAAAUCAUCAUACAAAUAGAUGAUUUAAAAUAUCUUCAUAUCAAUGUUUUCCUUCGGAUUAGUAUUUUAAAGUCACGUACGAGAUAAAGAAAAAAUUAAUAAAAAAAGCAUUUCCGUAUUGUUGUAAUGACGCGUGAAAUAUUGCGUUUGGUGCGUUUUUUGAAAUUAAAAUAAGUGUCCGUUUGAAUGUUUUGAAUGAAUACUUCUUUAUCUAUAUUUAAUUUUUUAAAGAUAUACGAAAGACCCAUAUUAAUACAUCUUUAACAGUUAGAUAUAUAAUCUAGAAAAAAAACUGUUCAUUUAAUAUAGAAAAUACAAUUAUAUAGAAGAUGUGAUCAUGACAUUGUACCAAAAUGAAUUAUGACUUUAUAAUAACGUUAAAGCAACAAUCCCGUACACUUUACUGGUAAUGGAAAUGAAUAUUUACUACAAUAGAACGGUUUAUUAAUAUGGGUUAUCUUAGAUUUAACGCAUUUUUUAAAAAAAGGUCGCUAGGAAUGACUGAAAUGUUAAAUGUCACUUGUGUUGACAUUGUUUGACAUGAUUGAAUUGGAUUGUAAUGUCAUGUCAUUGCCUGCAUUAAUAAAUCAUUUUUCGAUUAGCUCUCUAUUCAUUCAUGCAGGCAAUGACGUAAAAGCUGCGUAUACACUAGGCUACUAAUGUCGUCAGUGUUCACAUUUAAAUAUAUUUAUCGCGAAAAUAAAUUUUAGUGACCUAGUGUAUGUGGGGCUUUGCUAAUUAUUUAAUGGGAGGGAACACUUGCAAUGAGAGUGUAAUUGCAAGCGUUUUUGAGGGCACAAGUAGAAGUUGCUCGGUGUCACUUCGAGUAUACUUACGACUGUAUGCGAGCGAGGUUGGACUGAGACUCCAAGAUGUAAAAUUUUUAAUAUUUAAUUAAUAAUCUGUUUUCUUAAUUAUUAUUAGUGUUGCACGGGAAUCUCGACGAUAUUAGAAUAUUUAUUUUAUUGCGGCAGCAUUGAACAACGAUGUUUCAUACGUUUAAUUUAAUCUCCAAUAGUCUAAUAUCUUCGAGUUCUAUACAUAUGUAUAAACUAUAUUAUUAUUAUUAUAUAUAUAUAUACGUUAUGUAGACGCCAUUCAACUCUAGUCUCCGCUGCUUAGAAUAGAAAAUGUAUGUAAUAAUUAAAAAGUAUCUAGCGGUAAGGUUUAUUGGUAAUUUUUGGGCGGUUUCUGUGACCGUCGGACGCGAAUAUGACAGCCGUCAGCUAGUUGACAGCUGUCAGCGCUGCGUUUGGCGGGAGGGUGAGCUGGUUACAUCGCUUGGAAUCUCGCGGUUCCGAACACAUUCUAGUCUACGAACAGCUUCCGUCUCAUAGUUAUAUCGGUGACAGAUUAAAAAAGUCGAGAAAAUUAUUUUUGACAAAUAAAAAUUAUGUAUAAAGUUGUUGUUAUAUACUUAGGCCCUUUUUUAAAUGAGCAUGUUGAGGCGAUGCGCUGAGUUUGUCUUACGUUACAAGAAUGCACGCUCGGUUACGUUUUGUUUUGCGAUAUUUUUUUUAUAUUUACCGAAAUAUGCACAAUGAAAUUUAAAUAAAAGGUAUUUGUCCUUA